CGUACACACGUGAGGAUCAUCUCGAGUGACGCGGCAUGCUCACCCAAGCGCGACCGGCCAUGAUCUUUGGGUCAGUUUUACUACCGCAGACGCGCAACCACUCUUUUUCGCCCUUACCCUGGAAAGCUUUAUCCUGGACAUGUUUGAUUUUUUUUCCCCCCUUCUUUCGCACUCUCUCUUUGUGCCCUUCCCCGAUUGUAACCUUGCGCACAAAGUGGACGAUCAUCAUUUACAGGGAAGGGUAAACUCGGACGCCUUUUUUCUCGUUGCGUUUCGUACUCCCAGUCUGAAGCGUACCUACUUUCCGUUUCCAAAUGCAAUCUCAAUCAAUGCCACACAGUGAAUGAACUUUGUUGGGAAUCAAAACCAUCCCAAAACUGCAACCUUCCUUAGGGCAAGAGAAUGCAACAUUUACACUACUUCGCAAUCGUAGUACGAUCACCAUCACAAUCGUACCGACAUGAUCGUUCCUUCCCAAAAAACCAACCCAAAGGAGAUGGGGCUGAUGCAAUGGGAGGGUAAAGCAUUGCUACAAACUGCAUGUCUACCACCCUGGUGCAUCGUACUUUACGCAUCAUGUACACUGUUUACCCGCGGCCGUCGUCUACCACCUUCGCCAAUCCUCACCCUUUUGCGCUAAACCGCUACACACAGACGCGAAUUGUGCGAAUAUCGACGAUCUCCGGUUCGGUUCGGGCCGGUGUGCGGCAACAGGUGAGCUCAGAAUUUUUAUAUAGCGGCUUCAUCGAUCAGCACUUCUCGCUAGUUGCCGAGAAACGGUCGCGAGUGUCGGUAACGACACGCUGUCAUUAGUGCCGUGCUUCCUUGGAUUGUGCAGUGGUGUGGUGGAUAUAUUGCUUGAUUGGCAAAUCACAAUAAUAAGUUAAAAACAAUAAUUCCUGAUUGCUGACCCUGAAAGAUAUUUUCCUUUUCAUCAACAUGAGGGUACCGACGAUGCUAUCGGACGUGGAGGAGCUGCCUUCGGUGCAGCUGGGCGACUAUGUGCUCCGGUUUGAGCUGGAAGAUCUGACGCCGUUCGGCAAGGAAGUGGCCAAGAAUGAGCUACGCGAAACGCCCGAAAUUCGUACCGCCGCCAUCGAGGAGCUGCGCACAUUGCUCAAAGAUGUUGAAGAUUUGGUGGUGCCGCUAGACAACGAUGAUUGGAUGAUCCGGUUCCUUCGUCCGUGCAAGUUCUAUGCAAAAAGCGCCUGUGAGCUGAUUCAACGGUACUAUCAGUUCAAGGUAAAACACUGGGACAUGUACAAUGAACUGAUGCCUUCGAAGGAGGCCAACAUCUUCAAGCAGAACAUCCUGGCCGUGUUUCCGAACCGUGAUCAGCUCGGACGCCGUGUGCUGCUACUAGAGCUGGGCAAAAGCUGGAAGCACAAGGAGGUUACACUGGACGAAGUGUUCAAGGGAUGCGUACUGUUCCUGGAGGCGGCCAUGCUAGAGCCGGAAACGCAGGUCCAUGGUGCCGUUGUGAUCUUCGACAUGGAUGGACUGACGCUGCAACAGGCUUGGCAAUUUACGCCACCGUUCGCCAAGCGAAUUGUCGACUGGCUUCAGGAUGCGGUACCGCUGCGUAUCAAGGGUAUCCACAUCAUUAAUCAGCCAAAGAUCUUUAACAUGGUGUUCGCAUUGUUCAAGCCGAUCCUGCGUGAGAAGCUGCGCAAUCGUAUCAUCUUUCACGGUACCGAUCGUGAGUCGCUGUACAAGCACAUCUCGAAGGAGUGUCUACCGGCCGUCUACGGUGGUACGGUAGAUGCGCCACGGGUACAGGGCGAACAGUGGUACGAAUUGUUGCUCAAGUGCGACAACGAGUACAAGGAGAUCAACAACUAUGGUUACACCAAGCAGCUGGAGGAGCAACGCAAUAAGAAGAACAAGAAAAAAUGAUGAUAUAUCAUUAGGGGGUGCAAAAGAUGGCCUGGUCUACGCCGGCAUACCGAAGGUGAAAGUUCGGAUCAGUACACUUACAUCGUGAACUUUGGGCCUGGUUUAAAGGCGCCAGCAUGCGCCAUGUGAUGCUCACAUAUAUUCCAUUAAUAACUACAAAGAUCUACCACCAAGCACUUAUAAGCUACUAAUGAACGAUUCUGCCCCAAAUUCUCCGAUAGGUUUUAGUCCACAUCGCGCAAAUGUUACGCCAUGGUUUCGGGAUACACAAAAAGCGCAAGGACCACGCACACAAAACACACUGGAAGCACACAACACACACGCGUUAGCUUAGCUAGCAAUCCUUUUUUACUAGAUAGAACGUUGGGUAUGUCACCGACACGAUAGUGAGCAGAAUUAACUAAACAGAACGAACCAGGGGUGUGAUAAUGAUUUUCCUUCUAAAACACGCGUGAUAGCCGUAAUAACUUAAUAACGGCAGAGCUUAUUCCGUUUGCUUGUACAGUCCUUUGCAGCUUUAUUCUUCUUUCUUUAAGAAUGGUUCAUAGACUGUUGUGAAGUAGGUAAACUUAGGAUAAAUUAUCUUCUUUUUAACAUAUCUUUAAGUAUUGCGGUUUAGAGAAGUUGAACAAAUAAAAUAUACGAAAGGAGCUGCCUUA